AUGUGCAAGGCGAUCUCUCGGCCGUGUGUUUCCGCUUUGUCGUUUUCGAGCUCGCAGGCUGCCCUCCAUUUUUUACCCUGCAUUGCGGACUAUCAUUGUGUGGAGACCGACCAUAACGGGAGAAGCGAGCCCGGCCUUUAGACUAUUCCUGUACACAGAGAGGCCAAUUCUGCCGCUUCCUGGGGCGGAAAAUCGCGUGGGGAAAAGCUUACCCCCGGAACUGCCGCCUCGCUGUUCAUUCUCCACGAACAGCAUUUCGCACUCCUUUCGGCAUCAAACAUCGACAAAUGUCUUCGUCGAGAGCUCUAUCCGUGGUGUCAAAGGCUGCGAGGGCCAUAAGGGCUCCAGCGGCGGUUACCGUCAGCAGCGUGGCCACCUGUCGAACGGCGCGAGGAGCGGUCUGCCAGCAGCAGAGAUCGUUUGGGAGUGGAGGUGUGCAAAACGAGCGAGAGUCUUUCCCAUAUCAAAACCCGCUGGCGAAAAUCUUGCACCCGAUCGGCUACAUCAAAUGGAAAAUGAACCGUAUCGACUCGGCACGGCAUGCGUAUGAAAACUGUGCGAUUCAGUUCGAGCGGAGGGAGGAUUUAGUGAAUGCACUCAAUAUACCAAACAACUUCCAAACAUGGUUCGCAAUGACGGUCCUGCACGUGUGGAUAUACAACGCACGAUUGAGGGCCGAGGGCGUCGAGGGGAAAGAGAUGAAGCAGGAGAUGUUCGACCACAUAUGGCUGGACGUCGAGAUCAAGAUACAUAAGGCAGGCGUCAAGUCGAACUUUUCAAAGAUCAUGUCGAAUCUGGUCAGCGCAUAUUAUGGACAGACAUUGGCUUAUGAUGAGGGGCUCUAUUAUGGGGAUGAUAUUUUGGCUGGCGCGUUAUGGAGGAAUCUGUGUUCGUCGGAGAACGUUUCAGCACAGCAACUAGAGGAACUGACAAGAUACGUGAGACGGCAACUACAACGGAUAGACGAGGCCGAUCGAGCAGAUGUAUUAGAAGGGAGAUUUACAUUCGAUGAGGUCAAAGUCUAGCAACAACAAAGGAGCACAAACAGACAUGCGCAUACACAUUCACACACAUAGCCUGGCCCCCAUUAACACUUGUACAGAAAUCCAAUUGUACAAAGCAUGUCACAAAGUUUUACAAUCGCAUCCUAAUGGUCAACGUCUCUG